AUGGAUCCCACCAUGGAGGACCGUUCCUCCCCACCUGGUACGCCCCCUCCUCCCGUUGCUGUGGCUGCCCUCAACAUGGCAUCCUCUGUGCGAUUCACGGUGACUCCGACCAAAGCCGAGGACCUGCCCGGGAUCUCAGACACGUCACCGGACAUCAGCUCUCGGUCCAGUGGGGGAGGGGCCAAGGUGCGGUUUGGGUCCAGUCAGAGUGUGAAUCGCAGCGAGCAGCAGAGCGAAGUGUCCACAGCAGGUGGCGCCACCACAGAGACGCCAGACCACAGCUACACCGAGCACGGUGACGGUAACUCCAAGAUCUCCAGCGUUUACAUCAACAACUCUCACGGUGUGGACGAUGACGACUUCUAUGACCGGAACCUGGCCUUAUUUGAGGAGGAAAUGGACACUCGGCCCAAAGUCUCAUCUUUACUCAACCGUUUGGCCAACUACACAAACCUCACCCAGGGAGCGAAGGAGCACGAGGAGGCGGAGAGCAUCGGAGAGAGGAGGAAGCCCACCAAGUCUCCGCAGAUGGGCACGUUCAUGGGCGUGUACUUGCCGUGUCUCCAGAACAUCUUUGGAGUUAUCCUCUUCUUGCGGCUGACCUGGGUGGUGGGCUCCGCUGGGGUCCUGCAGGGCCUCUGCAUCGUGUUCAUCUGCUGCUGUUGUACUCUGCUGACAGCCAUCUCAAUGAGCGCCAUCGCCACAAAUGGAGUCGUACCAGCUGGAGGUUCGUACUUCAUGAUCAGCCGUUCUUUGGGUCCAGAGUUCGGAGGAGCUGUCGGUUUGUGUUUUUAUCUGGGGACCACAUUUGCUGGAGCCAUGUACAUCCUGGGAGCCAUCGAGAUCCUCCUGAUGUACAUUGCUCCAGAGGCGGCCAUCUUUUCCGCCAAAGGUCCGGACGGCGAGGGAGCAGCCAUGUUAAACAAUAUGCGGAUAUACGGCUCCAUGUGCCUGCUGCUCAUGUCGCUGCUGGUUUUUGUGGGAGUCAAAUACGUGAACAAAUUGGCCUCCAUCUUCCUCGCCUGCGUUAUUGUGUCCAUCCUGUCCAUUUACGUGGGUGCACUUGUGUCUGCCUUCCACCCCCCGCACUUUAAGUAA